AUGCCAACUGAAAGGGGUGAUGCAGAGAAACCACCACCACAGGCCGCAACAGCAGAAGAGCAAGAAGUGGCUGAUGUACCGGUGAAGCGUGACGAAAACGACAUUAGCUUGCAGCUAAGCCCACAAAGACUCGUGCUGCGUCACCAACACGCCGUGGAAGCUGCUAAUGCACUGAGAGAGGGGGAGUGCGUGGCCCGCCUCGACCUCAUCCGGUCGUAUCACAACGGAUUUCUUGCCAUUGUGCACCACUCGCUGUUCGCGCUGCAUCAGGACGCGAAUGCCCUCGCUGCGGUCCUGCAGAUGCAGCAGCUUCUACCUACUGAGUUGCCGUGCAAGCUGAGGCCUAUCGUCCACGGCCAACACGAGGGUGACGUUGCGGCGGACGAGAUGGACUCUCUGGAGGCCACUGCGUUAGCUGCUGGUCAUAAAGGCAGAAACAGGAACUGCGGCAGAAGCAGAAGGUGGGAGGGCGGCGACGACGCAAAGGUGCGGCAUAUCCGGCGCCUGCGUACCAACAACAUGCGGCGCAUGAACCAGGAGCUGCGCGAUAAGCGGAGGCAAGUGACGACAUUUGCUGUGCAUGAGUUGCGCCGGGCAGCAGCAGCAGCGCGACGGCGCGAGGAGUCCCACAGCGCGACUAAGGUGUCCGGGCGUGAGCAGAAGUCCUCCACAAUGCGGACAACAUGGGGUCGGGAGCUGCUGGACCAACAGUGGGUGGAGAUGCAAGAGGCACGGCAAAGGGCCGCUCGGGCCCACACCGCGCAGAUGUUGGCGGAGCGAAGCCGACGUCAACAAUCGCUGCUUCGGCUCGAGGUAGCGGUACGGGAGUCCCUGCAGAAGUGUCGUGCUGCGUUUGGCGAGGAAAUAAAGAAACUGAAUGAUCUCGCGACGCACCUACAUGAUAUGCAUGACGACAUGCACUUCGGUGAUGCAAGUACGGUCUCGAAGGAGCUGUGGCGAAGUCUGGAGGAAUAUCCUGAGGAACGUAUGAUAUUACAGAGGGCAGUCAAAGUGUUCUUGCGUGAUGAACAGUGGCAACGACAUCGAGACCCCGCUGCAACAGAACAGCCGCAUUUGUUACGGCGCUCCCCUGCCUCACCGCCCCGAAGAAGCAGCAGCGGCAUCAAUGGAAAGAAGAAGGUGAUCACGCCGAUAGGUGAAGAGGCUUACGCGCGGCUGUGCGGUGCGAUAGAGACCGUGACGCAGUUGGUGACUGCGGUAUCUCCCGUGUCGCGUGCCUCCUCUAGUGAGAAGCCGGGGGUCGCCACGCGUCAGCUCCCGCAGUCUUGCAUCUCUCCGAUAAUGUGGCGCUGA